CGCCUGUGUCGCCAUGGCAUCCCUGGUCGAGAUUCUGCAUUUGGCGCCCUUGGCAUUGGCUGCGCUGUUGGUGCUGAGUUCGCUGUACGCGCUGGCAAAAGGUAGCCGCUGGGGAGCCUGCCUUGGCCUUUUGCUUUCGGCACUGCUGGCAGUUCUGCAUGACGCCGUGGCUGAAGGUCUGAUCAGCGGCGUCAUCGCUGCUGCGAUGUACUACAAAUUUCGACGCAUCGUGGAGGAUGAGAACAACAAGACCCUGGCCAUGGCGCGACAGAUGAAGGUGAGUCUCAUGACGGAAGAGGAGGAGGCCCUACAGGCCACAUCGAAGAAGAUCUUUCUGACGCUCAGCGUCAUGGGGGCCGUGUCAUGCUGUUGUGCCGCUGCCAGCCCUUGGCUCGGCAGUUGAUCUGGUUGAUGCGGCCAGACCGAUGACCUGUUGAUGGGAUGUGGAUAUGG